AGAAAAUUAAACACAGCUCUCUCUCUCUCUCUCUCUCUCAUUGAUUCCGUGCAAAAUUCCACCGCAAGAAAGAAAUUAAUUCGACAUUUCUCUCAUUGCAAUUGAUUCAAACAUCUUUCACAUCAAAUCUGUUUGAUUUCUGAAAGCUUGAUUCUCUUCAACCUAUAUUUUUUAGAAGAUCCGUCAUGGAUUCAGCUUACUUGAACUUGGAAUCUGUUUCAGCAUCGAAAAAUCGAAGUAACGAAUUCACUGAUAUUGAUUCGGAGAAUAAAAAGAACGACUCCAGCGAGCCUGUUUCUGCAAAAGCGAGAAGUGGAAGGAGUAAAUUUUUGAAAGAGACAAGCCAAUCAAUAAUGCACGGUCUUAACAAAUUUACAUCACAAAUCAAGAAGCCUCCUCACAGGAAGGUUUCCCCUAUCAAGUGGUUCCCACGCAAGAACGUGGACUCUUACUUGAAGAGAAAAAUUAAAAUGUUGCAGGAAGUAGAUGGUCUGAAUUUAACAUUAGACGAGACUUUAGGUGAUUCUAAUCCACAUUACUCCAGAGUAUUGAAAGAAAAAAUGGCAGCAAGAGAGGCAGCACAUAAAGCAAUGAAAGCUCGAAAAGCAGCCUUGGUCGAAACCUCUUGGUGUCGAAUACUCCGAGCGGCUAGAAUUCAAUGUAAAGAAGCUGAAGAGCAAAUGUACAGAGCUGAGAAAACUGCAGCUGAAGCUUUCAAAGCAGCUGCAGCUAUGGGAGUAAUCAUGUAUGAUACACCCAAUUGUCCACGGAAGACAUACAAAAUGGAAACUUCAUCUUUUGGUGGUGGUGGAUCUACAACUCACACCAUUACAGCAUCUUUUGAGACAGAAUUUGAGGUUGAUAAGGAAGUGGCUGCAGCAGUAAAAACAGCAUUGGUUAGGCUUGCAAGUUGCUCUUCUUUAAGAGAAGAUGACUUUAAAGAACUCUUAAGAAAAAUCUCUCAGAACCCAGAUUGUGAUACUAAUGUAGACCCAUCUGAGAUUUCUUCUGAAUGUGAAUCAGAAAAUGGCUCAGAACUUGAUCAAGCGCCUCGAAAAUCUGAUUUCAGCUCUCACAAUUUGGAUUGCAAGAUGCUGGAUUUACAUAUGAGAAACAGAACUUUUGAGAAAGAGACCAAGAUUGAGGACUUGAUGUAUGAAAGGCUUAGGCGUUUAAAAGAAGAUGAACUUUCCUCUCUUGCCACCAUAGUUGCAACUUGUGGUUUAAAUGCUGCUUUGGCUGAGGUAGAAAGUGGGAAGCCUCAUGAUUUUCACAAUGGAAGGAAGCAAGUUGAGUCAGAACUUCCCAGCCUAGAUAAGUUCUUGGUGAAGCAUGUAACUAAAUUGGAAAGAGAAGUGCUUGAAGCAAAGAAUAGCAGAAAGAACAAAGAAAAGGAAUUGGCUAAAUCUGCAUCACAAAACCUUCCAAAAUUGAGCAGCAUUCAGGAUGAGAAAGUUGUUCCCAGCUUGGAAACUAUGCAAACAACGGCACCUUCAGAGCUUGAGAAGGAAGUUAAUGAGACUAAAUGCAAAGAGUUAGAAGAAUUCAAGACCUGUAGCAAGAAGUUGCAGGCAAGGCAAAGAUUUGUUAGUCAUAAAGAAGUUGUAUCAGCAAUUCCUAGUCUUGAUAAGUAUCUUGUGAAACACGUCUCACGGCUCGAAAAAGAAGUACAAGAAGCAAAAAACAGAAGAAAAGUGGAGCUGCAUGAAGAACCAUCGAUGGAAACAGAGGGAAAGGAAAAUGUUAAUAUGCCAAAGUCUUCAUCGAGGAUGGGAAGGGACAUGGAAGACAGUUUAGAACAGAUCUUAGUGAAGCCGGUGCACAGGCUGGAAAGGGAAAAGAUGGUCGCUGUGUUAGCUGAAAGUAACUACGAUAACCAAAGACAAAAUAAGAAGAAACAGAUGGACAACCAUACAUCAGAUUGCCAAAGCUUGGAUGAAAUUUUAGUGAAGCAUGUCUCAAGACUUGAGAAAGAGAAAAUGAGAAGCAAACUAAAGAACAACCUAAAGAGAAGUGAGAAAGGUAUGCAUUCAGCGAUCAAUGGAGGAGGAGAUGGUGGUGGGGGUUUAGGUGAGAUUCUGGUUAAACAUAAAUCAAGACUCGAGAGAGAAAAGCUGAUGUCUUCUCAGGAGUCAGAAAAUCAGAACAAAAGUUUUCGAACACGUCGUGAAGCUAGAGAGAAAGAUGACCUACAGUCAGGUUGGGGAGGCUUAAGUUUGGGAGAUUCCAUGAGACCUCAUCUCUCCAAACUUGAACGAGACAAGGCUGCCUGGAUCAAAGCUGAAGAGGAGGAAAGGAAACAAGUUAUGAACGAAGUGUAAUCUUUUCCUCCAUUGGAGGAAGUAAAUGUUGUACAUUACAAAUCAACUGUUCUGUUACAUUCUGCCUUGGCAGUAAUGUCUGUACUGAAUGAUAUCUUACUGAAUGAUAUCUUCAUUUCCAUUUA